AUGAAAGCAAACGGUUUGACUCAAGAAGGCAUAGACUUCGACUACCCUCCCCAAUACUACAGUGAUAGUAAAGAGCCAGGGUGGUCACUGAUGGCAAAGGCUAUUUUCAGGUAACCCGGCCUCUGGAUGUCCAUCAAGCUUUGAUUUAUAGCAACAGCACUGGUUUGAAGAAGUUCAUAAAUUACGCUAAUAGUUACAAGAAUCUUGAUAAAAAUUGUCAAAAGAAGCUAUUCAAAAGACUCAAUUAUGAUACUAGUAUGAUGCUGAAAUAAGACUGGCGUCCGUUUUUAAGAAAAGUGGGCUUAUCCGGAUUACUACUAAAGAAAGUAUUCUCAGCAAGAAAUAAAGACCAUCCUAGAAGCAAAGUUAGCCUGACCAGUCAGUCAUUGGUACGACAAAAAGUUCAGCAAUAUGACACUCUGCAAGUUCCGUAUACUCAGAGAAAGAAAAGAAUGAGUUCGAAGAGGAUAAACGAAUUAUCACAAGAGAAGUUAGGGAAAUCUCCACAAUCCUCUCAUAAAUAGCAGACAGGAUAAUAAGUCUUUUGAAAAGACACAUAGGACUCAUCGAAACAGGUCUCUUCAUAAUGAAAGAGCCCUGCUUGAUCUUCGGAUCAAAGAGAUACAAAACAGGAUUAUUAAGAUGAAAAAUCCUAGCUCUCUAAAGUUGAAUAAAAAGUCUAAACCUCAUUUUGCCUCCAUGAAAAACCUUAAAAUCAGAGACAAAAAUUUAGAACUGAAAGAAGUUAAGAAAAAUCUUAAAAGCAAAGACAGCUCUAUCACCCAAAAGUACAGAAAAAUGACCCCAAAAGAGACUUACAGCAGCUCCAAAUCAAUAUUCUCCAAAUACCAAGUCAAAAUGUCCCAAAAUAUGGUCGGAAGGAACCCAUAUCCUUCCAAGCGCACUACUCCCUGCUUCAAACCCUCGAACCCCCACAGCUCUCUUCCAUCCCUCAGUCCCUCAUCCCUCUAUCAAAAGUCAACCGCUAGCAGACAAUUUCCCUUGCACAACUUCGAAGGGCACCCAUACGCACAAGAAGGAUAUUUGAAUGUUGAUUAGGGGUUAAUAAGAAUCUGUUAUAGCAACCCAAGACAGGUCAAGGAUUACUGUAAAGAGGUGUUUGUUAAAGAUUCUUCAGUUUAAGUCAUUGGUGAUAAUUUCCAUGAUCAUUCUUACUUGCAUUCCUUCAAGAGGUGAUAUUUUAGGAGAAUAGUUGUUAGAUUAGGGAUCUUAAAACAGCUCCGGCUUGGCUAAAGUAGAUUAGAAGGAGUUAGGGAGGGAGAUAGAGGACUAAAUAUGAGUACAGGAGGGAAAAUUAUGGGUUUAGGUGUGCUUUGCUUUUUUAGAUCUAGAGUUUAAGUAAAGUUUGGGUUUAAAAAUUUCAAGAUCUAUAAGACAUAUAAGUUGUA